GUGAGCAACCCGACCCCGCAGUCGGCCGUCAUCAGUCAUCAUUCGUAUUUCUGUGGUCGGUUGAGCAGCACGCGCGUGUAAUUCCGUUCACUGGUACGAAGAACCGAAGGUUUACAUCUUUUCGCGCUCCUUCAGGAACACCAUUCCUGUCAAAUUGCAAGUGAAUCCUUAUUAGAAACCAGCGUUCGCCGUCGAUCUCGUCAGUUGUACGACUUAUCACGGCCAGUUCGCGCGUAAAAUUCUCGCAUCCGGUUCCUUUGAUCGAUGAUCCUCGCUUGACAGUACGAUCAUCUACAAGUGUCACAUCAAACGCGCGAUUCUAGACCCCAAUGACGCGGAUUACUCUGACAACACAAGGAUUUAGCAGUAACAGAAAUAACAAAACCAGAAACAAGUGAUACAAAGUGAAAUCAAGUGCUUUUACUUCGGUGACCAACACUUUUACACACACAAAUGAAGUGCCGUUUUUUAACGAAUUCAACGUAAAAGUCUGUGCAAAGAUACGAGUCGAGUCAAUAUUGAGUGUAACAAGUGCGAAUAAAUUGGGCUUCAGCUUUGAUACUGCACAGUGCGAGUGAGAGAGUAUCAAGUGUGGAGUGUUCACAAGAAGGUAAACUCAAAGAAAAUAAAUUAUACUUAAUCACCCGACCGUUGUGUAGUAAAUCUCUUGCAUAAUGUCGAGCAAGUACAAGUGAUUCAUGUGUAUUAACCCGAUUCGUGUGCAUUACAAUAUUUUAAUUACAACUGCCAAGAGCGAAGAAAACAGCGAUUGAGAAAAACAAGUUAUCGAAUAAGAGAGAAGGGUAUAACACGAAGAUUUCAUUACGGCCCGAUCACCGGUGAGAUCACUGCUAAAUAAAGCAGGGGUGUAUAUCAACACGGACAACAAUCUCGCGCGCAAAAUAGUUUUUCGCUUCCAUCAUCCGUCAAAGCCUACUACGCAGAGAGGGCAAGUGACAACAAACACGUAGCUGUCAGAGGUGCAAGCACUGUCACCUGUCAAAAUUAUCUCCAAUCAGUCAUCGUCACGGGCAGUCGCUUCGAGCUCCACUAGCAGCAGCACCGUCAAAUCACCGUCGGCGGUGACACCCGGAGCUGUGACAACGUCCACAACCAAGAUGAGAAUAAAGCGCGAAUCGACCUGCCUAGGACUACGGCUUAUGCCCGCCACCAAGCUCGCAAUCCACAAUCCGCACAAACGGCACAAAGAUACCUGUGAUGAUUCAUCGAUCACGCCUGGCACCCGGAUCCCGCUGGCACGCAGCUGUUCCAGCCCGGCCGUUUCCUACGACAUCGAAUCGCAUCCCGCUUCGCCCGUGUUUCCCCAUCUUCUGCUCGGCAACGGCCGGGAUGCCAUCGACCCAUCAACGGUCGGAGCCAACUACGUUCUAAACGUCACCUGCCAACAACCCGCAGCCAGUUUGCUGAAACCGGGCCUGGAGUACAAGCAGAUCCCAGCCAGUGACACCCCGCACCAGAACAUCAAGCAGUACUUCCAGGAGGCUUUCGAAUUCAUUGAGGACGCCCGGAAAAAAGGUUCCACCGUGUUGCUGCACUGUCAAGCCGGUAUCAGCCGCAGUGCCACGAUUGCCAUCGCCUACGUCAUGCGGUACAAGGCCGUCUCGUUGCUGGAAGCGUACCAAAUGGUGAAGCUGGCCCGUCCCAUCAUCUCACCUAACCUCAACUUCAUGGGCCAGCUGCUGGAGCUGGAGCAGAAUUUGAUCGCCGACGGGAAGCUUGAGCCUCCGCCUCCGUCGCCAGUUGUGCCACCUAGUCAGCCACCGUUCUUCCUGAUUAACAACUGCAGCAAGUUCAACCAACACGACGAGGAAAUGGACAACGAAGACGACCACAGCGAAGACAGCAAGAACAACAAUCGGGAUAGUGGCUGCAGCACCGCUAGCACCAGCAGCACAAGCUCCGGUUGCAGCUUUCACAGUACCAGCAGUAGGCACUGCCACGGAAUCAAUGGCCGGUGUCCACCGCGGUUAACCUUGAAGCUGCCCACUUCACCUCCAUCGUCGCCAUCUUCGCUCUCGUCACCGUCCUCGCUGUCAUCCUCUUCCUCAACGCCCUCGCCCACUCAGUCGCUAGCACCAGUCCCUGCAACGCCCGUCUGCAUCGUUGCACCCCGGCCGUUUUCUAUUUCGAGCAGCUGCACCAGCAGUUCCAACGUGAGGUCUGGCCAGACGAGUUCUAGCUCAUGAUUCGGCUUAAGCUAGUUAGGUGUAAUAUCUUCGUCCCCUAUAUUCUACCUAUUUAAAGUGUGAUACAAAUUUUAAAACAAACUCUAGAGCUAAUUUAUAAACGCGUCCUUCAAAGUGUACAUAGUAGCCCGUAAGCAAAUCGGCUUUCCUCUGUUAGCAUAGUCAGUUUUGCAAUGUGAAAGUGUGUUAGUAUGUUCUUUGAAAAAAAACCAAGAAAAUCUAUAUCCCCUUCGUAAUGAAAAGUUCAUUCAUAUCAUGGUUUGCGAAAAAAAUCUUUGUUGAAAAACAGCUAUUUUUGAUGCAUUUAUAGCGUCAUCGGUCGCCCGAUCGUUGCGACUGUCAGCACCAACCGUGCACGCCCACACCAACACAUACAGAAACUCACACUUUUUGACAGCCACGAGCACCACCUGCUGCGAUCGGAAGCAGCCAAAACAUUUCCCUCUCGCCAUGUUUUUUUUUUUUGGUUUUCAUUUGAUUUAUUUUUUCUUAGGUUCUUUCUUUACACAAUAGCCGUAAGACACUCCUAUAUCUCUAGGAAGCCAAUUCUAGUCUCAUUUACAUUUUAAGUUUACCAAAUGGUACAAUUACAAUGGACAAAUCAUCUGUACGUUUUGACAGACCAAUGCGCUCCUGCUGUCCAGCGUAAUGCCUACCGCAAUCCAAGUUUACGCUAAGAAACUGUAGAAUUAAAAAGGUCAUCGUUAGACUAUUAGAAACUUCUUGAACCGACUGUUUGUAAGAAAAAAAUGAAGCGUGCUUACGCCGAAACACCUUUAAACAAAACACUCAAACAAAAGAAGAGUCAACUCGAUCAAUAAAGGAUAAAAUGUGUAAAAGUUUAAUGAAAGGCUGUGUUAAAUUUUAAUCAAACCAACAAACUGUAGCUGUAAUACGAAACAAUAACGCCGAAUUUCCCCGCUAAGACUUCGUUCUCAGCUUGACCCCAUCAAUUUCUUUUCCUUGAUUCGAGAACAAACAUAUCCUUAUUCGAUCCGUGUGUUCGAGUGGCAGAAGGAUAGCAGCAGAAAACCGUGUGACUGUACCUGUUUGUACUUUGAAUAACAAAAAUAAUUAUAUCCUUAAAGCUCUGCUGCGCCUUAACGCCUUCGCGAUUGUUUUUCCUGCUAAUGUUUUAUGCGAUACUCUUCUGUAUACACAAUUGAAAAAGUUGAAUCAAAGCUAUGAAUUGCAGUCGCAAACAGAUUAGAAAUGUAUAAUAAAGGCACAAGUUAAAUACUGCACCAGGCGAAAGAGGAGAAAUCAUGAGCUGAAAUAGAAAGCGAUAAACAAAAACUACUAUACAAGUAAUAUUUAUAAAUCACGAAAAGGAAACCCCCUUUCGAAAAUUAUCAGUUAAAUUAUUUAAACGUCGUAGUCCCUAAGACAGUAAAAAAACAUUUAUGUGUAAACACAACAAACAACUACUGAGGAGAGUCGACAGUAAAAAAAAUAACACAAAUAUGAACAAAA